GUCAGGUGCUGCUGGUCAUCAUGAUCCUGACUGCCGUUAUGCCACAGAUACAGGCCCGCCAUUUACGGGAUCAAGUGGCCUUAGACUAUGCCUACGAUGAGGACAACUCGGGACGAUCAUCAUCAUCCUCCUCAUCGUCGUCGUCUGGUGAUAUCCUGCCCGCCUUCGAUGUCAAUCCGUAUCGCGGUUUGGCCGAAAGUUUCGGCGAGGGAAGCUAUGACAGUGAUCUCAGUCUCAGCGAGAGUAGCUACGAGGAGAUCGCCCAGGCGGCCUUCAGGGCAGCCAGAAGGGAGAUGCGUCGUCAGAGGACGCGGCAUGCCCGCAGUCAUAAUCUACGACUCUUUGCCAGCAAAUCUGAGGUGCCGGAAUGGGAGAAUCCAUGCGGUGGAACCUAUACGGCGGAUGAGAGUCUCAGUUCGGAUAGUAGUAGUGCCAGUCAAGGACGAGUUAUCAAGCGAAAGCAUCUCGAAAACUUGCGGAACAUCACGAUGAGCGAGUACCAAGACAUUACCCACCGCGCCACCCUGGAGUACGGCAAUCAUCAGCACUGGCAGCGCGAGUACAAGUUCCUGCCGAACAUGACGAAGCCCACAUCCGCGGUGAAACUAAAGACCUGGUACCGCCACAUGCAGACCUUUGUGGGCAGCUUCUCGUAUCUGGGACGGGCUCAGUACAAAUUCCGUAAGGAUCAGCAGAAAAGUCUCAACGAAGCGGUCACCAAGGAGCUGCACGAUCUCUUGGUCAGUGCCCGUUAUAUGCUCUGCGAGAUCGAAUCCACCAUCAAUGCCUCCUACCCGAACAGCAAUGGAGCCAAACUGAGUCGUGUCAGCCGGAAGGCCAUGGAGGAACGUCUGGAUUUCCAUACCCCAGCCAAUGGUUCUGCGGAAGCUGAUCAGCGAGAUCUUAAAGUUAGCAAGGAGCUGUAUUUCCAGUAUUUGGAUAAUGUUUGGAAGACACUGCAAAGGGUCCUGAGGCGACCACGUCGGAAUAGUGCUGAACGACGCCAUCUAGCGGCAGUGGCGGCAGCUCAUGGUACGGGAGCGAGCAGCCUGCGGGCAGGCAGCUCGGAAAUGCUUGACCUAGGCGGCUCCUCUUCCGGAUUAAGUUCAAAUUCUGGUUCUAAUGAAUCCUGAGCUGUGUCCACAAACAGAACUAGUGUAGAUCCAGUCAACCAAGCCAACAUCACGCCCUUCCAGUAUUACAGCGAGUGAUGCUGCUCAAAGUUGCAAACAUUCCCAAGCUUAAAACACAGCUUUUCGGCUCAGCAGCUUAAACCAGCAACAACGCUUCUUCAGCUUCCAAGCCAAAUAGAGGAUGACCCGGCCAUUGCAAACUUCCUGCUUCUCAUUCUACUCCUCGUCCUACUCCUCUUCCCACUCCUCAUCCUACUCCUCAUCCUCCUCCUUGUCCCUAAAUCUUCCUCCAAAUCCCGACCAGCCGAACGGGUGAAAAACUUAAGAAUUUUUGUCGAAUGCCAUUUUAGACACGUACUUUUUAGUAUUUAUUUAUUUAUUUAUUGAGUAUCAAGUAUCGAGUACCGAGUAUUAUAGUGCGCCUUCCAUUCCAGUUUUGCCAAAACAAAAACCACUCCAUUUCCCUCACUCCAUUUUGGCCCUACACCCUCCUACACCCCAAAAGGGCCAACCUCGACUAUUUAUUUUCCAUUUAGAAUAUGC